AUGCGGGUGACAUUCAAUGCCUCCGUCUCAGACAUCCUUCCUUGGAAAUUCGUCCCACAGCAGCGCGAAGUACGCGUGCUGCCGGGUGAGACGGCUCUGGCGUUCUACACGGCAACCAACAAAAGUGACAAAGACAUCAUUGGUGUUGCUACAUACAGCGUCACACCAGCCCAGGUGGCACCGUACUUUAGCAAGAUACAAUGCUUUUGUUUCGAAGAACAGCGUUUAAGCGCCGGCGAGACGGUGGAUAUGCCCGUGUUUUUCUAUCUAGACCCUGACAUGCUAAACGACCUGAACAUGAAGGGCAUAGAAACGGUAACGCUAUCGUACACAUUUUUUAAAGCAAAGUAUGAUGACAACGGGGCGGCCACCGGCAUUACUCAGAAGGAGGCUUGA